ACGUGUGCGUAUCGUCGUCUACUUCUGACACGGGCGCACCGAAUACGUCAAAGCAUUCAGCUGCCGGUGGCGGGGACGUUAGUACAUCGUCAGCAUUGAAUAAGGAAAGUAGUAACAAUUGUGCGUUGUCCUCGUCCGCGGCGGAAACAAAUUUAUUGGAUACGGCAACAAUUGCGCGAACUGUCAGCUCAACAAACUCUGUUAGUUCCACCAAUAGCAAUACACAUAGCACCCAUACCACUACCACCAACACCAACAGCAGCAACAACAACAAUAACAGUAAUAACAGUGCAGUUAUGGCUGCCAACAACAGCAACAGCGGAGGAGACAUCGAUGAGUCGCUUUAUUCGCGCCAACUUUAUGUACUUGGACACGAUGCAAUGCGUCGCAUGGCCAAUUCGGACAUUUUAUUGUCCGGGUUGGGCGGCCUAGGUCUGGAGAUAGCAAAAAAUGUCAUUUUGGGUGGCGUUAAAUCGAUUACCCUCCAUGACACAGCAACUUGUACGCUUAACGACUUGGCCUCGCAAUUCUAUCUAACCGAGUCGGACAUUGGCAAGAAUCGUGCCGUGGCGUCCUGUGCCCAAUUGGCCGAACUAAAUAGCUAUGUGCGCACCCAUUCAUACACUGGCGCCCUCACGGAUGAGUUUCUCAGCCAGUUCCGUGUCAUCGUUCUGACCAACUCGGAUGCUGUCGAACAGCAGCGGAUUGGCUACUUUGCCCAUGCCAAUAAUAUUGCUCUCAUCAUCGCAGAGACACGUGGAUUGUUUGCCAAGGUCUUCUGUGACUUUGGCGAUAAGUUCACCAUUUAUGAUCAGGAUGGUGCCCAGCCAGUUUCCACAAUGAUAGCGAGCAUUACACACGAUGCACAGGGCGUAGUCACCUGUUUGGAUGAGACUCGCCAUGGCUUCAAUGAUGGCGACUAUGUCACUUUCUCGGAGGUGCAGGGCAUGCAGGAGCUAAACGGCUGCCAGCCCAUCAAGAUCAAUGUACUGGGACCGUAUACCUUCAGCAUCGGGGACACCAGUCAAUUUGAGGCAUAUAAGUCAGGAGGUGUGGCCACACAAGUGAAGAUGCCCAAGACAAUUAGCUUCAAGUCUUUGGCCGAGGCCGAUAAGGAACCGGAGUUCUUGAUCUCUGAUUUUGCUAAGUUGGACGCACCCGCCACUUUACAUGUGGCGUUUAAAGCUCUUGGCUGCUAUAUAAAUGCAAAUCGCACCUUGCCGCGUCCUUGGAACAAUGAAGAUGCCCAACAAUUUUUGCAGAUCUGCCAGGAAAUAAAGAGUGAUGUGGAUGAGCAGCUAGUGCUGCAGUUUGCUAAGAUCUGUGCGGGUAACACGUGCCCCUUGGAUGCAGCAAUUGGUGGCAUUGUCGCCCAGGAGGUGCUUAAGGCAUGCAGUGGCAAAUUUACACCUAUCUUUCAAUGGUUCUACUAUGAUGCGCUCGAGUGCCUGCCGGCCGAGCCAGUUACCGAGGCAGAUGCCCAGCCGUUAGGCACACGCUAUGAUGCACAGAUUGCCAUAUUUGGAAGGAAGUUCCAGGAUCAGCUCGCCGAUGCGAAAUGGUUUAUUGUCGGCGCUGGCGCCAUUGGCUGUGAGCUGCUCAAGAACUUUGGCAUGCUUGGCCUGGGCGUUGGCAAUGGUCAGAUCUUUGUCACCGACAUGGAUCUCAUUGAGAAAUCGAAUCUGAAUCGCCAGUUUCUGUUCCGUCCGCACGAUGUGCAGAAGGCCAAGGCAUUAACAGCUGCCGAUGCCAUCAAACGUAUGAAUCCCGAUGUCAAAGUUACUGCUUAUGAGUUACGUGUGGGCGCUGAAACGGAGAAGGUCUUCUCCGAGGACUUCUUUGGCAAGCUCCAUGGUGUGGCCAAUGCGCUGGAUAAUGUCGAUGCACGCAUUUAUAUGGAUCGCAAGUGCAUCUUUAAUCGCAUACCGCUGGUCGAGACAGGCACCUUGGGCACCAUGGGCAACGUGCAAGUGAUUGUGCCAUUCGCCACCGAAUCGUAUAGCUCCUCACAGGAUCCCCCAGAGAAGAGCAUACCAAUUUGUACGCUGAAGAACUUUCCCAAUGCUAUUGAGCAUACGCUGCAAUGGGCACGCGACUCAUUCGAAGGUGUCUUCAAGCAGAACGCCGAGAAUGCUGCACAAUAUAUCUCCGAUCCUCAGUUCACUGAGCGCAUUCUCAAAUUGCCUGGCAUACAGCCACUGGAGAUUCUGGAGUCUAUUAAGAAAGCAUUGCUUGAUGACAAACCGAAGAGCUUUGCCGACUGCGUGGAAUGGGCUCGUUUCCAUUGGGAAGAUCAAUAUGCCAAUCAAAUCAAACAAUUGCUCUUCAAUUUCCCACCCGAGCAAGUGACAUCGAGUGGCCAACCUUUCUGGUCUGGCCCUAAACGCUGUCCCGAACCACUUGUUUUCGAUGUGAACGAACCGAUGCACCUGGAUUAUAUCUACGCGGGGGCUAAUUUGCGCGCCGAAGUCUAUGGAAUACCCCAAGUGCGUGAUCGCCAGAAGAUUGCUGAGCUGGUGCAGCAGGUUAAGGUGCCCGAAUUUAAGCCACGCUCUGGUGUGAAGAUCGAGACAAAUGAGGCCGCUGCCGCUGCAGCUGCCAACAAUUUCGAUGAUGGCGAAGUGGAUCAGGACCGUGUGGAUAAGAUCUUAACGGAGCUGUUGAAGAAUGCAGACAAGAGCUCAAAGAUAACGCCGCUGGAGUUCGAGAAAGACGACGAUAACAAUCUGCACAUGGACUUCAUUGUGGCCUGCUCCAAUUUGCGCGCAACAAACUAUAAAAUCCCACCGGCCGAUCGUCAUAAGUCGAAGCUAAUUGCCGGCAAGAUUAUACCGGCCAUAGCCACCACUACCUCUGUGCUAUCCGGACUGGCAGUGCUGGAGGUGAUCAAGCUAAUAGCCGGUCAUCGUGAUUUGCCCAAGUUUAAGAAUGCAUUUGCCAAUUUGGCUUUGCCAUUCCUAGCCUUCUCCGAGCCGCUGCCGGCGGCCAAGAACAAGUACUACGAAAAGGAAUGGACAUUGUGGGAUCGCUUCGAGGUCACUGGGGAGUUGUCGCUGCAAGAGUUCCUCAACUAUUUUGAUGAGAAGGAGAAAUUGAAGAUAACCAUGCUGUCACAGGGCGUUUCAAUGCUCUAUUCAUUCUUUAUGCCCAAGGCUAAGUGCGCCGAGCGCCUGCCCCUGCCUAUGUCCGAGGUGGUGCGUCGUGUAUCGAAACGACGCAUCGAACCAUAUGAACGUUCCCUGGUAUUCGAGAUAUGCUGCAACGAUAUCGAGGGCGAGGACGUGGAGGUGCCCUAUGUACGUUACACGCUGCCCUAAGGCAAGCUAAUACCCCUCACCUACACUAAUCUUAAUUGUAACAGUUAAAUUAUUAUUUAAAAAAAAUCAAGAGAGAAAAAUUUUUUGGAGUUGUGCGCCAUACAGAUUUUUACGGUAUGUAGUAGGUUUGCAUUUUAAAAAAAGAUAAACCGGAACAAACACACACAAACGAGAAAAAGGAUAACACACAUCUCCCCCGCACACAACACCCAGACACACACACGAACACAACUAAUCGAUAUAGAAAUUAUAUAUUAUAUAUGUAUGUGUAAUCCUAUAAGGAAAUGGCAAAUAUUGAAUUCGCGUUACACGAAAAAAUACAAAGACUCGACUUACAAACAAAAACUUAUGAAAAAAGAAAGAAAAACGAAACAAUAAAAAUUUUAAAUUGUCUGCUCAUAGGUUAAAAAUCUCUUAAACAUGCAGCACUUUUCGUUUUCUUU